AUGAACACCUCUAACUGGAUACCUCCCAUUAAUGGUGUUGUUAAAAUUAAUGUUGAUGGUUCAUAUAAUGAAGAUACUAAUCAUUUUGGAAAUGAUAUUGUGUUGCGUGAUUAUAUAGGUACAUGCCUUGGAAUCAAAGGGAGAAGUGGAGAUGAAGCACUGAAUCCAGAAGCAGUGGAAUGCAUGACAGUCAUAGAAGCACUUUCUUGGGCUAAAGAUUUGAAGUAUACAAGAAUCGAGAUUGAAGCUAAUGGUAAACUAGUAAUUGAAUCCAUUAAUGGGAAAAUCUUACCCAUUCAAUGUGAGAAUAAGAAUUUAAUAAAGGAGAUAAAACACUUAAUCUCUAGUUUUUUGUUUUGUGAGUUUAUUCAUGUAAGCCAUGAUGAUAAUCAAGUGGAAGAUGUUGUAGCUAAACAUGUUAGGAAGAAAGAAAUACUAAUUUUAUCUGUUGAAAACUUUAAUCCAGGAAUUUGUGGCCUUCUACCAAAAGAUCACAAUCCCUGCUAA